CCGCGGCAGGACCCGGCCCGACCAGCCGGCUCACAUCUCGCCGUCUCCUUCUUCGUCAGUCGCUCACCAGAGCUCAAUCCAGUCAGGUGUGCAGUGACUGCCGACCUUCCUUAGUGCAUCUGCCACCGCAACCUGAUCGCGCCGUAGUGCCCUGUGACUGUGUGUGUGUGUGUGUGUGUGUGUAUGUGUGAUACUCGUGCGCCUGCAAAGGACUUUGCUUCAGUUUUUCUUCAACUUGGUUAUUAUUCUACUCGCCGUGCUACGUGCUACAUGCAGAAAUGGCAGCUGGCCUGACAUCAUCCGAGGAUAUUGUGCUUCAUAGAACGUCUCUUAAUGCCCUGCGAUGAGGGCCGAGGACGCCGUGCUGCUCACGCCGCCGCACACCCCUACCUCGUCCUCCAGCAGCGCGCCCUCCGAGGCCUCCGAGGACAUGGCGACCAGCCCCCGCCACCACUACUCGCCCGCGCCCUUCAAGUUCGACACGGACGAGAGGGACUCUGACAGCGACGGCGAGCUGCCCCGCGCCGUGCCGCCGAUGCCGUCGGCCUCCAUGGUCUCGGCCUUCAGGCCCGUCACCGAGCUCUCCCGCCGCAUGGACGAGCGCGCCCGCCUUGCGCCCUACGGCCUGCCGCCCGUGAUGCAGCAGGCGCCCAUGCCCGCUGGCCUCCCGGUGCCUGGCGGCAUGCCCGCCCUGCCCGCGGGCCUCCCCGCCGGCCUCCCCGCUGCCUUCCUGCAGAGCCUGCACGCCGCGGCCGCAACCUACCCUCCGCCCCUGCAGGGCUUCCUCAUCAAGCAGUGGAUCCACAACGCCUUGAUCGCCCAGGCCACCGCGGCCGCCAGCCGCCCCUUCCCGUCCGUGGUGGGCCCACCCCAGAGGCCGGCCGCCCCCGUGCGCGCUGGCCCUGCCCCCGCGCGCCCCGGCGGCGCUGGCACCAGCGGACCCCGCGCUGGCUCACGCCCCAAGAAGCAGUUCAUCUGCAAGUUCUGCAACCGCCAGUUCACCAAGUCGUACAACCUGCUGAUCCAUGAGCGCACCCACACUGACGAGCGGCCGUACUCAUGCGACAUCUGCGGCAAGGCCUUCAGGCGUCAGGACCAUCUCAGAGACCAUAGGUACAUUCAUUCAAAGGAAAAGCCUUUCAAGUGCGGCUCCUGCGGGAAGGGCUUCUGCCAGUCGCGCACCUUGGCCGUGCACAAGGUCCUCCACCUGGAAGAGUCUCCCCAUAAGUGCCCCAUCUGCAGCCGGUCCUUCAACCAGCGCUCCAACCUCAAGACCCACCUGCUCACCCACACCGAGGGACACGGCGGCGUCCCCAUGGCCGGUGCGGAGCUUUCCCCGUCGCCCAUCGGGUACCCCCAGGAGGCUGGCGCGCACCUCGGCCAGCACCCGCACCACCUCACCCCCCAUCUCCUGGACCUGUCCGUGGGGUCGGCGAGCACCACCGUUGUACCCACCACGCCCUCACCGCCACCCAGCAAAAAGAAGUCAGGCUUCACCAUCGCCGAGAUCAUGAAGCGGUAAAGCAGAGUCCAGAUGCUAACCAGUUCCUCUUUACAAUAAUUUAUUAGCAAUGUAUCGUUGCUCCUUGGUGAAGUAGAUUGAUACGUACCAAUCCCACCUGUCCCCACUAGUCCUGACAAUGGUCAUGUGUAAUGUGUGUCUGUGUCGUCUGGAUGAUCGAUACGAAAUGUGCUCUUUUGUGAUCCGUGUGUGAGUGUGCGAGUAUGUGUGUGUGUGUGUAUGCGCGUGCAGAAAGAAUUAUUUGUUUCCGCGUGGAACGAACGUCCUACUUCUUUGUCGCCGGGAAAGAAUGAGGUUGUUUAAUGUACAAAUUAUUUUAUAAAUAGAGCAAUUUUUCCUGUAUGAUGAUGCCCUAUCUUAUUUCGUGUUACAUUGUGAUCAUUAAGUUUUAAGUUUUAAGAUUCCUUAGCUAAAAUGCCAAGUUACCUCGUGGUGCGACUUAGGGCUUGCCCUGCCACCACUUGCAAUAUCAGUAUUAUUGUAAGCCGACGGAAGGAGAUGCGCUGUGGAUACCGCUAAUCGUCUGGGCAUUUGUCCUGUCCAGUUCUGCAAAUGCUACUGUUUUUCAAAAAUGGGUUUUGCAUCUCAACCAUCUCCUUGCCCCUUGCCUCUUGCCAUUUGUUGUUGUUUAUGAUUUUCUAUCUGUUAGUCACCGAUUUUGUCGAGAUUUAUGGCCGUUUUGACAUGUUAUGGUCGAGCCGAGGCAGUGCGCCCACAAUGCGCGGGGUAGCGGCGUAGACAAAGCUUUCGUCACGAGUGCAGUUCGCUUCGACGUUUAUGGCGUGUCUCGGGCAUGGAGGCUAAACGCGUGACAGGUCAAGGUAAAUUAGCUGAUUGAGGCAUGCGGUGCAUCGUGUUGCUAUUGUGUAUUUAUCGUUUUAUUUUUAUUUUGUUUUUGAAAAGACUGCCUUAACAAAUCUCGAUAGCUCCUGUAUUAUAUUUAUAGAGUAUUGUAUUAUUGUCUUUACGCAUAUGAUUAUAUUAUAUAGUUUAUGUGAUGGAAAACGAAUGAGGAAGAGGUGAAUUACAAAAAUUGAAUCCUAAAA